GCGGGGCGGGGCCCGGCGGCUUCCGACAUGCUGGGCGCGCUGCGCUGCCCGGGGUCGCGGCUCGCGUGCAGCCCCCGGGCCCUGCAGGUGCAGCAGCUGCGCGGCCGCAAGUCCCGCCAUGACCCGCCGGCCAAGUCCAAGGCGGGGCGCGUGGCGACCCCGCCCGCCGUGGACCCCGCCGAGUUCUACGUGCUGACGGAGCGCUACCGGCUGUACCGGCAGACCGUGGGCGCCCUCAGGCACGAGUUCGUGACCGAGGUGCGGAGGAAGCUGUACGAGGCGCGCGUCGGGAGCGAGGCGGAGCGCAAGGCCUCGGAGGACGCGGCCGAGCACCGCGAGCUCAUGGCCUGGAACCGCGCCGAGAACCAGCGGCUGCACGAGCUGCGGAUCGCCCGGCAGCUCCGCGAGACGCAGGAGCUGGAGCAGCGGCGGGCGGAGAAGGCGGCGCGCCGGGCCGAGGAGGCGCAGGCUUGGGCGCAGCUCAAGGAGCGCGAGGUGCUGCAGCUGCAGGAGGAGGCGAAAAACUUCAUCACCCACGAGAACCUGGAGGCAAAAAUUCAGGAAGCACUGGACUCCCCGAAGAGCUACAACUGGGCCAUCACCAAGGAGGGCCAGGUGGUCAGGCCCCAGCACCAGGGCUCCUAGUGGCCUGCCAGGCCCGCACCUGCCCAGGGCCACAUGGUCUGGGGCGGGCGGGUUGAGCCUGACCGGGAGUAAAGUUGGUGUUUCUUAUAAAUAAGCUACAUCCUG